AUGGAUGAAACGGUCGCUGAGUAUAUCAGAAGAACCGUGCUUAAAAUCCCACGCGAUGAGAUCAAGACAAUGCUGCAGGCGUGGGGCUUCCUCUCCGAGACACAGCUGCAAACCUUAAACUUCCAUCAGACAAAGGACAACGUUUCUCAAGAUGUUGUUCAACUCUGCGAGGAUAAUUCUGCAGACAUAAAGCAAGCAGCAGUCCUGGACAUAAUAUACAACCACAUCUAUUCAAACAAAAGAAUGUGGAGUGUUUACCAGAUGAACAAAACAGGGGAAGAAAUGGAUUUUUUUGAUUUAAGAGAUUUCAAAAAAAAGUUUAAAAGACAACUUCAUUCAACUCUGAAAAACGUUACCAUCAACUUUAGGGAAUACGAGGAUAAUGCAAUCUGGAUUAGAAUUGCUUGGGGAACACCAUAUAAAAAACCAAACCAAUACAAAACCAGCUAUGUUGUAUACCAUUCACAGACCCCCUAUGUCUUCAUUUCUGCCUCAGUGCUUCGGAGCACCUUACCUCUGCUAUGUCAGGCACUGGUUGUUGCUUCCAAUUACCAUGACAUCCGUGAAAUGGAGCUUCGAAGUCACUGCUUAAACUCCCUUAAAGAUAUUGUAUUUAAGAGAUAUAGCCAGACCUUCCAAACUUAUUAUCCAAGACCUCUACAAGAAAGGAACGUAGCCACGGAGAAUGUAGAUUUAAGGAUAAUUCAAGAAAACAGAAAUGAAAAAGAGAGAAUACAGAGAGUGAAUCGUGAGGUUUUUGGUGAUGGUCCCCAACCAAAACUUGAAUUUGCACAAUAUAAGCUUGAGACAACAUUUAAAAGUAAUCCUAAAAUGGAUGUCUUGGAUAUAAAAGAGCCAUUCAGAUGUCUAGUCAAGUUUUCUAGUCCACAUCUUUUAGAAUCUCUGAAAUCCUUGGCACCAGCAGGUCUGGCUGAUGCACCACUUUCACCACUACUUACGUGUAUACCACAAAAAGCAAGGAAUUAUUUUAAAAUUAGAGAGAGGAAAGGUUUCUUUCCAGGAAGCUUUGUAAGCCCUUAAUUUAUAGAAAGAAUAUAGAACUCAUUUAUUAUUGGUAUUAAUCUAAAUCAUAAUAAAGUU